UAUAUGCUGGGUGCCUCUGAGGGGCCAGGGUGCAGUCUUGGUGGCCAGACUGUGGCUGGAGGUCAAGGGGCAGGCCAUGUUGCUGGACUCCCUCUGGCUGGCUUCCCUCUUUCGCAGAGUGCCCUUUGCUCCGGGGGGGUAGGACCCUGAGCAGCAGACAGGCCCCCUAAAUUGGCCAAUGAACAGACCAGGUCUGGGGAGGGGCAUGGGGAAGAGUGGGCUGGGCCAUUUUCCCUGACUUUCCAGGCCCCAGCCUCUCCCUCCCAGGUCAUGAGGAUACUAGAUCUUCGCUCUCGAGGCAGUUCAGUUCGACUGUCUCUCCCCUGGCACCUGCUAAGAAGGACAAAAACAAUCCCAGCCAGCGUAGAGUGUCAGGGAGUCCCCGCCCCUCCUCCUGUGCUUCCUCCUCCCCUGCCCCUCCUUCAGGCCCCGCCCCCACCUGCCCAGGAUAAUUUGUUUCCUUGGGCCAGGAGCCUGGACAACAGAGCUCAGCCUGCCCCCACUUCUGCGUCCAGUCAGGACACCCUCAUGCCACCUGUGGAGAAGAGGGAGCAGAUUUGAAAUCAAGUCCAGGUAUCUGAUGUUCCUAGAUAGAACCGGACUUCGAACGCUGUGUCCUGCUACUCCUGCUGGGGCUCCUCCAGAUGUCAUGGAGCUGGGUCUGUCUCCACCUCAUCUCAGCAGCUCCCCAGAAGACCUGUACCUGGCCCCUGGGACCCCUCCUGGGACUCCCCCACCUCCCGAUGUUCCUCUGUCUGGGGAGGUGAAGAGGUCCCAGCCUCUGCCCAUUCCGACCAGCAGGAAACUUCUUCGACAGGAGGAGCUGCGGUCAACCUCUCUACCCUCCAUCCCCAACCCCUUCCCCGAGCUCUGCAGUCCUCCUUCACAGACCCCCAUUCUUGGGGGGCCCUCCAGUGCAAGGGGGCUGCUCCCUCGAGACACCAGCUGCCCCCAUGUCAUAAAGGUGUACAGUGAAGAUGGGGCCUGCCGGUCAGUGGAGGUGGCAGCGGGCGCCACGGCUCGCUACGUGUGUGAGAUGCUGGUGCAGCGAUCUCAUGCCCUGAGUGACGAGAACUGGGGGCUGGUGGAGGGCCACCCCCACCUAGCACUGGAGAGGGUCUUGGAGGACCAUGAGUCGGUGGCGGAAGUGCAGGCUGCCUGGCCCAUCGGCGGAGACAGCCGCUUUCUCUUCCGGAAGAACUUUGCCAAGUACGAGCUGUUCAAGAACACCCCACACUCCCUGUUCCCAGAAAAGAUGGUCUCCAGCUGUCUGGACGCACACACGGGCAUAUCCCACGAAGACCUCAUCCAGAACUUCCUGAAUGCAGGCAGCUUCCCAGAGAUCCAGGGCUUCCUGCAGCUACGGGGGUCAGGACGCAAGCUUUGGAAACGCUUCUUCUGCUUCCUACGCCGGUCCGGCCUCUAUUACUCCACCAAGGGCACCUCCAAGGACCCGAGGCACCUGCAGUAUGUAGCGGAUGUGAAUGAGUCCAACGUGUACGUGGUGACCCAGGGCCGCAAGCUCUACGGCAUGCCCACGGACUUCGGCUUCUGUAUCAAGCCAAACAAGCUUCGAAAUGGCCACAAGGGGCUUCGCAUCUUCUGCAGUGAGGAUGAACAGAGCCGCACCUGCUGGUUAGCGGCCUUCCGCCUCUUCAAGUAUGGGGUGCAGCUGUAUAAGAAUUAUCAGCAGGCACUGUGCCGCCACCUGCGCCCACCCUGUGUGGGUUCCCCGCCCUUGAGGAGUGUCUCAGACAACACCCUGGUGGCCAUGGACUUCUCUGGCCACGCCGGGCGUGUCAUCGAGAACCCCCGGGAAGCUCUGAGUGCCGCCCUGGAGGAGGCCCAGGCCUGGAGGGUUUGUUCUGGGGACCUACUCUCCACAUGGGUUUCCAUGGAGUGGGAAGAGGAAAGCGAGGGGAGAGGGGAGGCCCCCAGCUGCGGAAAGAGGCUCUGUAUUCUUCAGGGGCUGGUAAUACCCCAGCCACGCCCUGACCCCCCGUGUCCCUCACUUGCUCUGCAGAAGAAGACGAACCACCGACUAAGCCUGCCCACCCCGAGCUCCGGCACGAGCCUCAGUGCAGCCAUCCACCGCACCCAACCCUGGUUCCACGGACGCAUUUCCCGCGAGGAGAGCCAGCGGCUCAUCGGGCAGCAGGGCCUGGUAGACGGCGUGUUCCUCGUGCGAGAGAGCCAGCGGAACCCGCAGGGCUUUGUCCUCUCGCUGUGCCAUGUGCAGAAAGUCAAACAUUACCUCAUCAUGCCGAGUGAAGAGGAGGGGCGCCUGUACUUCAGCAUGGACGAGGGCCAGACUCGCUUCACCGACCUGCUGCAGCUUGUGGAAUUCCACCAGCUGAACCGCGGCAUCCUGCCCUGCUUGCUGCGCCACUGCUGCACCCGCGUGGCCCUCUGACCACCACACAGGGCCACCAUGAGGGACCUGGACUGCUGGGGGCCUUUCGAGGCAGCAGCUGGCUCAGCCCUGAGCUGGGUACUGGAAAUCGGCAGCUGGACAUCCUUGGUGAGUGGCUGAGAUUGCUGGCUUCCUGGAGGAGAGGCAGCAGUUGAGAAUGCGGGAGACAAGGGCCCCUCAGCUCACAGAGAGACCAGGGCAAGAUUCCCCAGCUCUGAGGAUGCAGCAUGACCCACAGAGGCCAGACAGCAGAAGGGACUGCCAAGGAGAGCUGCAGUGCUAAAUAGCGGAGGCCUGUGGUUAUGAGGAAAUCUGGGCUGGUGGGAGGAGGCGGGGCAGGUAGAGGAAGUAGGGGCUAGUGCCUCAGAUAUUGUCUUUUCAAUAUUAAGUUAUUGGGUUUGAUUAUCUUAAAAAAUGUCCUUGUUAAAGAACAUUUCAGAAACCAGUAGAAGACUUUGGGAAAGAAAAGGAAAUUCCCCAUAUCUCCCCCUGCUGAGGACGCAAGCAUUGAGAGAGGGUGGUGCAGGGCCAUACGCAGGGAGCUGGCCCUAAAAGGCCUGUAGUACGUCAUGGACACCGGCUCCUGGGGCUAGUGUGGCUGCUGUGAGCCUGGCGCCAAGGCGCAGAGCUGUCCUUGGCAGCAACUGGGCCUGUAGGAGGGUGUGGCCACAGGGUUGGCCUCCCUGCCUGCUCAGGUAUGGAGGGCAGGGAGGGCUGGUGCCAACUUUCUGGACUCUGGGAAAAGGUGGGCAUGAUUCUAGGGGAGCCCAUCUCUCCUAGGAUGUCCUGGGAGGGUCAUCCAGACAGACAAAACUCUGGCCAGUUCAUUCUCUCCCUGCUCCCCAGACAUCCUGGUCAAUGAAAUCUAUGCAGCCUCCAAGUUCAUGAGCGGAGGACCUCCUGGUGCAGGCCUGAGGGUUCCACCUCAGGUCAGUGACCCUGUCUGGCUCCUUCCUCUUGCUGCAGUGCCAGACACACCGAGGAGGGAGGGAGGGAGGCAAGGAGAGAGGCAGGGGAGCCCAAGGACACUCAGAAAGAUCCUUUCUUCUGAACUGCCUACAUGAGCACUUUUCAAGUGUUCCAGCAGGUUGGAACCUGGGGGCAGGUUGGGGAGCUCUGGAGGGAGCACUGCCUUUAUAUCUGGGAGUUCGGCUUCAUGGUGUAUUUGGGGAAAAAAAGAAAAAGGCUUCCACUACUGAACCACCUCUCUGGUCCAGCAGGCAGAAGAGAGGAGCCAGAGAGGUCAGGGGUUGGUCCAACUUGCACAGAGGUUGGGGAGUGGUGGGGGUCUGUAGCAGAACCUCAGCUUUGGGGCUUGGGCGUGAGGUGUGCAGUAGUCUCUUCAGACAGAGCUUUCAGCUGGGGUAGGGGGUUGGGAGAGGAGGCAAAAGAGAGAAUCAUAUCUUGGGGGAGUUUGAUGUUGCAGACUGGCAUCAAGAACCACAGGGGAAAAAAAUAAAAUUAAAAAAAAAAAAAAAAAAAAGAACCACAGGGGAGUGGGUGAUCCUGGGGGCUGAGGCUGGUGCUCGGGGGUCCCUCAUGAUGUCCAUACAGGAAGGGGUGUUGGGAAGCGGUACCAUUUGCGCUGAGAAGGGUCGUGCUGUACCAGGCCCUAAUGAGGCCUGAAAUUCAAUCUCAUGUGGGUUGAGCUAUGAUGGCUUCUAGCGUCCUCUUGCAGGGCCGCGUCUACCCCAAGGAAGGGGCAGGUUUUUCUUUCCCAGGCACCUGGAGGGCUGUUUAGCCGGAGCUGUGUUUUCAUGGUAAGCAGUUUGUUUUUACUCGGAUUGGGUUUAUCUUGUGGUUCUGGGGAGACUGAGGGAGAGUGGUAAGCCAAUGCCACUCUGUUAGGGCCGCCACGUGGAUCCCUCUAAGGUCUCUGUAGUGGCGCUGGGCCCUGUGACCUUGGAGUGUGAGGGGAAGCUGUACACGGGGACAGAACGGGCCACCUGUACCCCCACAGACCCGCAGCCGAUGGACGUGUUCCUCUGCAUUUACUUGCCCAACGCGCGCCCUGAGUUAGAUCCAAGACAGUGUAGAAGUGCACAUUCCUACCAGGCAUUCCAGGGUAUCUCCUUUCUUCCCUCUCCUCUUACAUCCAUCAGUCCAAUACAGGUUCCCACCUUUUGAUUCCCUUCUCCCAAGCUGAGCCAUCCGUCCCAGACAUCUAAAGGAUGAGCUGGGGGUGGGAAGGGGCGGCUGGGUGAGUAGGAGUGAGGAUGCAGUCGGGGACCCAUCCCACAGUCGCUCUGGCUCCGCAACACGUGCGCAAGAUGAUCUGCACCUUCCGCAAGCCCUUCCUUUCUCCUCUCCCCCCCAGGAACAACCCGGCCUGCACGCGGUCGCCGGCGCCGACGGGCUCGAGCUGUCGCGGAGCUGCGGGCACCUGUCUGGACAGAGCCCCCUCCGCCUCUGAGGCUGAAAGGCCCGCCGGCUUCGCCAGCGGGUGCGCUUAGGGGGGCGGUGCCUGACUUUCAGCUGACCCGGCCCCGCCGAAGCCGCCGAAGAUGCGCCGUCGAUCCCCGGGCCAGAGGGAGUAGGGUCGCGCGGCGCCACAGCAACGAGCCCAUCCGUCGCGGGGCAAGGGGAUUAGUUUGCUCUUCAUUGCGAGUCGGUGGGCUGGGUGAAGGCCUCUAGAGACCAGGCGGGUGGAGGGAGGUCUGAGCGCCUCAUCCAAGCACCGCGGGGCCUCCGGGGGCGAAGGCCAGGGAAGACCUCGCGGGCGCGGCGGUCCAGCUCCCUGGGACCCUCUCCCCUGCCUCCCGGCCGCCCCGAGCCGGCUCAGCCGCGCGGCUGCAGUGACACCCAGUGGCGGUGGCGGGAAGUGCAAGCGCCUCUCCCUCGGCUCCCGUUGUUAAGGUCCGCGCCUCUCGAGGUUCCCACUCGUGGUUACGAGCGGGCACCCCCAGGGGAGAAGGCCUCGCUUUGCAGACUGCCCGGCGGGGCACUUCCCUUUCCCCUCCCCCAGUUUCCUCCCCUGCAGUCGCCCGAGCGCUAGGAGAUCCUGCAAGGCUUCAGUGCCCGGAAGGGCGGGGCGGGGCGCAGCGGCGGCGCUGGGCUGUGACCCUGAGCAGUUUCACUUCUGGAUCCUGCUCGGGGUGUGAAGGGAGAGUACCUGGGCUGGGGGAGGAGGGGGGACACACGGCUCGCCGAGGUCCAGCGCUCAGGACCCCGAGUAAAGGAUGGGUUUUUACUCCUGGGGUGUCACGCGACCCACGCCUUCCUUCAUUUUCCGUCCCCCCUCCCCGCCCCAUGGGUUCCACUCCGCUGUCCCCGGAGCUACCGCUCCUCCCCAGCAGCAGCCGCCUCCGCGGGGGCUGCCGACCCCCGGAGAGGCCCCGAGCGGCGUGGGCGGCAGGAGGAGCGAGCUGUGAAGCCGCAGGCAGGGGGUUAGGCUGCGGGCUGCUGAGACGCCGAGCUGUUUCUCAGAAGUGCCGCUGCCCCUCCCCUCACACACCCCUCAACUCCCACCUCGCACCGCACUCCUUCCCCCACUCCACCCGGCCUUCUCUUUCCUCUCCCAGGCACCCCCAACCAGGGAAUCUGGCGUCUGAGUCCACGAAGAGCUAAGAGGACGUCCUGACAGAGGACAGGGGCCCGGGGCUCAGACCCAACCUCACUGCCCAUAUUCAGAGUCUCCCACCAUUCCACUGUCCGUCCCUGUCCCCACUCCCCACCCCCAGCUUGUGGGCCGGGAUUGGAAUUUUAUAGAACGGUUUUCUACGACCACUUGGGAAAAUCAUAGGCCGCCAUCACCCUGGCUCCAGCGCCCCACCUCCCUCCCAAAGAGGGAAGGAAGAGGGGACAGAACCUUCUUUCUCUCCUAUUCUUGUUUCUGGAUGAUGGGAAAGGUCUGGCUGGAGCAGUGGGGUUGAGGCCAGGCUGUCUCUGGUGGAAAGAACUUCAGAAAUCCCUGACUCCAGGGAAAAAAAUCAAGGCGCAGAGAGGGAAAGCAGAGUGCCCAGGGCCACCCAGAGAGCGGCAGGGCUGGGACUGGCAGCCAGGAGUCCAAGUACUCAGCUGGAGUCUGCACAAGGCCAGCAUUUGCUUUACGGAGACUACAGAGCUUUGCUGGAUUCACUGACUCUGCCUGUUUUCCCCCAAUGCACAGACACACACACACUCACACACACUCACACAGACACACACACACACACACACACACACACGAGUCUAGGGGAGGGCAGGUAAGGUUUGUGAGAGGGAGGUGGAGGUGCUGAGAAUGUGAUUCCAGUGGGGGCAACACAGGGACUGAGACAACGGAAGGAUGAGCCUGGGGGAGGAGGCGGCAUCUGCCCCCCUAGUUCCCAUCCACCCCCGGGGCUGUGGUUUAUUUGACUAGGCAGUUCUUCUGGGCCAGGGGACCUGGGGGGCUGGGGGUUGAGGGGAAAGGCGAGGUGAUGGGAAAAGGCUGCUCUGGGGCUUCCUGCCCCCUCAGUCCUGGGGAAGGGGGGCAAUUUACAUCACCCGCAGGCCCUCUAACCUCCAUUCUUUCCACUGCAGGCUCUUUCCCUGGGUAUGUUCCUGUUAUUCUGGGGGAAGCUCUGUUAUUUGGGGGGAAGGGAGGCAGCUGCCUACUUCACAGGUCAAGACAGAGUUAAAAACAAAACCGCAGCAAAUUCAACACCCCGUGUCCUUCAGGGACUUUCCAUGACACCUUCCUUCCCCCCUCUCCCCCAAGCCAGGGAGUACCUCCCCAGAGGGCCUCCCCACCCCAGGUGCAGUGGCUUUUGGCUUUUAUGCAAACAACUGUCUGACUGGGAAUGCUCUGCAGCCCGACCUUGUGUCUGUCCUGGCUGCAGGACCUCCUCUACCAGUCCUCAGCGUUCCUGGCCUUCCCAGAACUCCCUCCCACCCCCCCAACCCCCCCCACCCCCCCCACCCCCCGCCACUCUUCCUCAGACUCUGGAUUCUAGGGGAUGGGAGGGAGGGAAGGGAGCUAGGUCUUGUCCCCCUGCCUGCCCUCGGGUGGAAGUUGCCUGCAGGUGGAGGUUUGCACUGCAGCCUGGGUGAAUGGCCUGCUUGUGUUGAGGGAUGGGGGAGGAGGAGGGUGCAGGUGUAGGGAGGCCUCCAACGCCAGCCCCACCCCCACCCC